AUGUCUCUCGCGACGCUGAAAAACAUCGUGGCUACCUAUACUCCCCUUCCGGGUAGACUCUCAGACGUCGACUCGGAAAAGGAACAUCGGUUGCCUCUGCAUCAUGGUGAAGAUGUUGAAUCACCCACCACCGGCCAGAAGAAAGAGCAGAAAGACUCGUCCUGGGCCAUCGAUGGACGGACAGUAUCUGAUGCCAUUAUCGGCCUGUCUGACGGAAUGACUGUGCCCUUUGCUCUUACAGCCGGGUUGUCUGCGCUGGGUGACACCAAAGUCGUCGUUUUUGGCGGGUUAGCGGAGCUUAUCGCCGGUGCCAUCUCCAUGGGUCUGGGAGGAUACCUGGGUGCGAAGAGUGAAGAAGAAUCGUACUAUGCGACGUUGAAAGAGACUAAGCAACAGAUCGUCUCCGAUCCCCCCUCCACCACCGAAACCAUCUCUGACAUCUUCGCUCCCUACGAACUCCCGUCUGAACUCGUCUCCGCACUCACCAAUCACCUCUCCUCGUCUCCUAUGCUCCCAAAUUUCCUCAUGAACUUCCAUCACACCCUCCCUGAACCAUCUGACUCGCGAGCCUUGAUCUGCGCUAUGACAAUCGCAUUCGGCUACUUCAUUGGUGGUUUCGUGCCCUUGCUCCCAUACUUCUUUGUCGGUCCGCUCGAUGCUUUCCUUGCUCUGAAGUGGUCCAUCGCAACGAUGGCGGUUGCAUUGUUCGUCUUCGGGUAUUCAAAGACAUGCUUCGUAAGCGGCUGGAAAGGAUCGCGGAAUUGUCGGCGAGGUCUGGUUGGAGGAUUGCAGAUGGUCCUAGUGGGUGGUGUCGCCGCGGGGUCAGCAAUGGGGUUGGUCAAGGGUUUCUCGAUGUUGGCUGCUUCGUCUGGGGAGGGUCAAUAG